GGCCUGCACCUCGCAACCAAUGGAAGGUGAAGAAAACUUUUUCUUCGCCUACGUGACAGCGUGUUCUCUGGUUGUGACGGUGCCCACGGGCGGGCUAGGGAGAAGAGGAACAACAAAAAAGCAUCAUUUGAGCGUCAGACAAGAUAAGAAAACGCCGAAGUUUAUUCUAGAAGGUCGGAAAGGGAGGGACAGGAGUGGGGCGGUAUGGAGCGAAGGAACUGGAGGCGGGGAAAGGCGGGGCUCGAGGAGAGGGGAAACUUCCUGGGGGGGAGCCGCUCGGUGAACUGCUGUACCUCUGGUCGCACAGCCUGAUUCGCCGGGGGAGGAAGGGAAGGGAGGGAGGCCAUGGAAGAAUAUCAAGUGACACUGAAGAAACUCAACUCUGACAUUGAAGAAGAGAGCCGAGGAGGGCGGAAAACUGCCUCCCUGAUGGUUGUAUUGCUGGCUCAUUCCACGGAAUGUGUACUGAAUCAGUCUAUCAGAAGAUAACUUGAACCGGGAGAGGAAGGAGGUGCCCAAAAUAGAAGCUGGAACGCUGAUGAUCCCAACACGGGUUAUAGGAAAGUUUGCCUUCGAUCACUACUGUGGUGCCAAGUCUCCGGUCCCUGCCUCUUCGAGUGACUCGUUUGGAGAGCUUAUGGAGCCACCUGCUUCCCUGCACUUGUCCCCACCAGAAGCGCUUCUCUUCUCUCUCCUCAGCUUGUUUGCAUUGGGCUCAGUCCAAUUUACUGUCGUGGGGCCAGCUGAUCCAAUCCUGGCCAUGGUGGGAGAAAAUACCAUGUUUUGCUGUCACCUGUCACCUGAGAAAAAUGCUGAGGACAUGGAGGUGCGGUGGUUCCGGUCUCAGCUCUCUCCCGCAGUGCUCGUAUAUAAGGGCAGACGAGAGAGAACAGAGGAGCAGAUGGAGGAGUACCAAGGAAGAACGACCUUCGUGAGUGAAGAUAUCAGCAAGGGAAGCAUGGCGCUAAUCAUACACAAUGUCACAGCCCAUGACAGUGGCAUCUACCACUGUUAUUUCCAAGAAGGCAGAUCCUAUGAUGAGGCCAUCAUACGUCUGAUGGUGGCAGGCCUGGGCUCUGAGCCCCUCAUUGAAAUGAAGGGCCACGAGGAUGGGGGCAUCCGACUGGAGUGCACUUCUGUAGGAUGGUACCCAGAGCCCCAUGCAGUGUGGAGAGACCCUGAUGGUGAGAUCAUGCCCACCCUGGAGGAGGAUCAUGUUCGGGAUGCAGGUGGCCUCUUCAUGGUCACCAUGGCUGUGAUCAUCAGGGACCGCUCUGUGAGGAACGUGGCCUGCUCUGUCAACAACACCCUGCUUGGCCAAGAGAAGGAAACUAUGAUUUUCAUUCCAGAACCCUUCAUUCCCAGAACAUUUCCCUGGAUAGUGGUCCUGGCUGCCAUACUGCUUGCUGUGCUUCUUCUCAUUGCUGGGAGCAUCUGUCUCAUCAAGAAGCUACACAGGGAAAAAGAGGUUCUGUCAGUGGAAAAAGAAGUUGAAAAUGAAGAGAAAGAAAUUGCACCUGAUGUGAUCCUGGAUCCAGACACUGCUCAUCCUGAGCUCUUCCUGUCAGAGGACCGACGAUGUGUGAGACGGGGCCCCUACAGGCAGAGCGUGCCUGACAACCCAGAGAGAUUCAACUGUCAGCCUUGUGUCCUGGGCCUGCCGAGCUUCUCCUCAGGAAGACAUUACUGGGAGGUAGAGGUCGAAAACAUGAUGGUGUGGACUGUGGGGAUUUGUAGAGAUAGUGUUGAGAGGAAAGGGGAGGCACUACUGGUUCCUCAGAAUGGCUUCUGGACCCUGGAGAUGUUUGGAAACCAGUACCGGGUCCUGUCCUGUCCUGAAAAGAUUCUCCCCCUGAAAGAGCGCCUUCACCGGGUGGGCGUCUUCCUGGACUAUGAAGCUGGAGAUGUCUCCUUCUAUAACCUGAGGGAUAGAUCACACCUCUACACGUGUCCCCGCUCACUGUUCUCUGGGCCCCUGAGGCCCUUCUUUAGGCUGGGGUCUGAUGACAGCCCCCUGUUCAUCUGCCCAGCAUUUACAGGGGCCCAGGGAGUCCUGGUGCCUGAGGGAGGCCUGAUCCUUCACAGUGGUCCCAUGGACUCCCCGGGCUGGUGCAGGAACAAAAGAAAGAGGGCUCUCCACGUCCUCUUUGACUCAGCUGUAUUUUUGGCAGCUCACUUUGACGUGAUCGGACCCCCGGAGCCCAUCCUGGCUGUUGUGGGUGACGAUGCCGAGCUGCCCUGUCACCUCUCUCCCAACGUGAGUGCGGAGCGCAUGGAGCUGCGGUGGUUCCGGAAGAAGGUAUCGCCCGCCGUGCUGGUACACAGGAACGGCCGGGAGCAGGACGGAGAGCAGAUGGCCGAGUACCGAGGGAGAGCAACGCUGGUGGCGGACCAUAUAGCGGCGGGGCGCGUCGCUGUAAGGAUACACGGAGUCAAAGCCUCUGAUGAUGGGGAGUACCGAUGCUUUUUCAGGCAGGACGAAAACUACGAAGAGGCCAUAGUGCAUUUAAAGGUGACUGCUUUAGGCUCUGAUCCUCAUAUCCAUAUGGAAGUUAAAGAGAGUGGAGAGAUUUGGCUCGAGUGUACCUCUGUGGGAUGGUACCCAGAGCCCCAGGUGCAGUGGAAAACUCCAGGAGAGAAGUUUCCAUCCACAUCAGAGUCUAGGAAUCUGGAUGAAGAAGGCCUGUUCACUGUGGCAGCUUCCGUGAUUAUCAGGGAUACCUCCACAAGGAAUGUGUCCUGCUGUAUCCAGAACAUCCUUCUUGGCCAAGAGAAAGAAGUAGAUAUUUCCAUACCAGCUCCCUUCUUCCUAAAGCUGACUCCCUUGAUGGUAGCUGUGGCUGUCAUCCUGAUGGUCCUAGGACUUCUCACAAUUGGGUCCAUAUUUUUCACUUGGAGACUAUAUAAGGAAAGAUCCAGACAGAGGAAGGAUGAAUUCAACUCUAAAGAGAAACUCCUGGAAGAGUUCAAAUGGAAAAAGGCUGCACUGCAUGCAGUUAAUGUGACUCUGGAUCCAGACACUGCCCAUCCCCACCUCUUUCUGUAUGAGGAUUCAAAAUCUGUCCGACUGGAAGAUUCACGUCAGAAACUGCCUGAGAAACAAGAGAGAUUUGACUCCUGGCCUUGUGUGUUGGGUUGUGAGGCCUUCACCUCAGGGAGGCAUUACUGGGAGGUGGAGGUGGGAGACAGGACUGACUGGGCAGUCGGAGUGUGUAGGGAGAAUGUGAUGAAGAAAGGAUUUGACCCCAUGACCCCUGAGAAUGGGUUCUGGGCUGUGGAGUUGUAUGGAAAUGGGUACUGGGCCCUCACUCCACAACGGACCCCUCUCCCAUUGGCAGGCCCCCCCCGCCGGGUUGGGAUUUUCCUGGACUAUGAGUCAGGAGACAUCUCCUUCUACAAUAUGACUGAUGGAUCCCAUAUUUAUACUUUCCCUAACAACUCUUUCUCUGGUCCCCUCCGGCCCUUCUUCUGCCUGUGGUCCUGUGGUAAAAAGCCCCUGACCAUCUGCCCAAUCACUGAUGGGCCUGAGGGAGUCAUAAUAGUUGCUAAUACCAAGGACCUUUCUAAGGAGAUCCCACCAUCCCCCAUGGGGGAAGACUCUGCCUCCGGGGAUACAGAUACCCUCCAUUCUAAACUAAUCCCUAUCCAGCCUACCCAAGGGGCUCCUUAGAGAAUAUCCCAGCUCUACUGUUUUCCUUUGCCCUAACCCUUCCCUUCCAUCCCCUGUGAGGCUCCAGCUGCCAGCUUCACCUAGCCUAUUUCUCCCUGUUGGGUGGGAUUAAUCAGUCUUGGAAAGGUUGUGUUGCUGUCGCUAGAGAGUGUGGGACAUAAGACCUUCCUGACAUGUUUCUACAGUGAUACUUGGGAGCAAGGAGGUACUCUUAACUGCUUCUAAUGUUCUCCUGUCCCUUGAGGCCAAAUCCUGUAGGGAGGGACUUGAAGCAAACUCAAAGGACAGCUCAGGGAUCAAGAUGAGGCUAGGUUGGCAUGGGGUGUGAUAGAAACAUCUUGUUUUCCAGAAUAGGGGUAGGUAAAGGAACAGGUUUUAGGCAAGCAGAAAACACAAAGCAUACUUGGAAAGGAAGAUCCAAGGCUGAAAUCCCAUAAAGGAACUUGAAGGGGACACUGUGUUGGAGGAAAGUGAGGUGAGCCCAGGCCAGUGAUGAACACCUGGCUUUUCCCUAGAGUUUCAGGGCCUGUAUCUCACAUUUUCUAAGUCAUGUCCUAUUGGGUAGAGGCAACUUGCCCUACUUCUAUGGGAUCUGAGCAAUUGACAAGGGGGAGUAGAGAAGAGAUGAAAGGAAUAGGGCAUAGGGCUCAGACAGAAGAUGUGAUAGAGGAGAGAAUUCUAGACAAAACUUGGGAUGUAUUAAAGCCAUGCCUUUGGCCCUGUUUCCCUCUCUGCACCCUCUUUUUUCUCCCUUGCCUGGAGGUCAUUCCACCUUACGGACUCCACAAGUUCCAGUUCUUAUCUUCCUUCUGAUCCAGAAUGUCUCUGUUUCAGAGGCAUUUUCAGGAAUCAUGCUUCAGUGAUACCACAUUAUCAGCCACUAUCUCAGCCUCAUGCCCCCUCAUCCUUCAUCCCAACACUAGGUUUAAACCCCUUAAACACACUUUCAAUUAGCUUCAACUGCCAUCCAUUUCCACACCAUGCCACUAUUCACUGUCUCCCUACACAGCUUUUCUACAUGUUCUUUCUCCUCAGGGUCCCUUGAAUGUUGUGUCAUCCCUCUCAGCACAGCUAGAUUGAUUUUACCUGUUUGUAUUAAUAUUUUCUGUAUACCCUUGGCUCAUCUUGCAAAUUUAUCGAAGACUGCAAAUUUAUCAAAGCUAACACCUUCCAUUUCCAUUCUAUGUUUCCAAUUUCCAAGAUAGAUAUCUCCCAUGGUCUUAAUCCAAUAAAUAAGUGAGUC